AUGUCCAACCCCGCUGGGGGAAGCGCCUCUGCGGAGCUUGGUUCAGAGCUUCCCGAUGUCUUUACCGAUGAGAUCGGUUUCAAAGGCGUGUCCGGGGACGCAAACAUCCGCUUCCUCUCAACGGCAUGGCCCGACGACGCGCUUCCGGCUCCUACUUCCUCACUUCUGGCUGUCGCACACACCAAAGGCCUCAUUGUCGGCGCUGGCCCAGAUGCGCUGGUAAUCAGCACCGCUGAUGUCGUCAGAAAGUCCAUCGAGGCGCCGGCUGGAGAAGAUAUGGAGAAAACGAAGCCCUUCCAACCCAUCGCCACAAUUCCCCUUCCUUCUCGUCCCACUCAUGUGGCAUUUACACCGGGCGACGAUGGCCUGAUUCUCGCUACAGAGAAUGGCCCCGCAAUCUCGGUUUUCGAUACCAACACCCUCACACAAGGAAAUGCGCAGCCGGCGAUUUCAAUUCCUACAAAUGGCGUGUCGCUACGAGCACUGACACCAAACCCUGACCCUUCGUCGACACUCGUCGCGCUGGUCACCGUUAACGGCGAUCUUCUUAUCGCCGAUCUCAAGGCUGGGAGCCUAGUUCCUGGGCCUAGUGGCCCAGUUCUCAAGACUGGUGUCAGCUGUGCUUCAUGGAGCAACAAAGGAAAGCAGCUCGUCGCUGGAUUAGCCGAUGGCACUGGAUACCAGAUGACCCCAGAUGGAACGAAGAAGGCUGAAAUUCCUCGGCCAUCUGAUUUGGAGGGAGAUUGCCACAUUUCAUCAAUCGCAUGGCUUGAAAAUGAUGUUUUCCUUGUCACAUACACCCCAAAUGCUGCAGAGGAUGAUAUGGGAAUGAACCCAGGUUCUUCAUACUACAUCAUAACCCGUCGCAAGCAGGCACCGUUCCUCAUCCAGAAAUUGCCAGAAGUCUGCUCGACUAUGGGCUUUUUGGUGAAGCGCGGUCCUGCAUUCCAAUUUAUCACCAGAAUUAGAGAAUACAAGCCUCACUUGAGAGAUGUCCUGAUCAUCGCGUCAACUGCGUCGACUGAUCUCGGACUCAUCACGCGAUCUGACCAACCUCUGGCCAACGAUGAGCGAAUUAAGUCUCAUGUUGGUCAGUUCAUGACCACAGAAGUCAGCGACGACACCAAACGUGCUAGUGUCCCGUUGAAAGACUCUGGAGAGGAGACAUCGGUCAUUGGUCUGGCACAAAACCUCUCAGCCACGGAAAAUGUCAUCGCACCGCUUCCGGGUUCCGAUAUCUUGGAGAGCUCGACGCCCCUUCCCGGGGUUCUUCUUUUAAAUAAUGAUGGUAUCCUUUCAUCAUGGUGGUUCGUUUAUGCUGAUUCGAUUCGCCAAAACAUCCCGUAUUCGGGUUUGAUUUCGUCCGGUCAGGCAACCCAAGCUCCCUCUCAGCCACAGGCUAUAGCUCCAACCCCGGCCCCUGCCCCCACACAGCAACCUGCAUUUGGCCAGUCAGGGUUUGGAAGUCCGGCGCCGUUUGGCCAGCCAGCUUUCGGGAAGCCGGCGGGAGCCCCUGCCUUUGGUAGCCCAUCAGCCAUGGGAGCUUCGACUAUGGGCGCGACUGCCUUUGGGAAGCAAAGUGCUCCGGCAUUUGGAGGCCCUGCCCCAGCCUUUGGAAAGACAUCGUCACCGGCCCCUGGUCCCGCGUUUGGGACCCCCUCUCAGCCUGGUGCAUCAUUCGGUACCCCCAGUACGCCUGGACAGCCGCAGUUCGGGAAGUCUGGAUUCGGUGCUAUGGGAUCUGGACCUGGACAGUCUAGCUCCCCGGCAAACCCAUUCGGGGCUAAGGGUACAGCAUCUAGCGGUGGUGGCUUCAGCUCCUUCUCCGGUGGAGGCGGCUUCAGUGGCUUUGCAACAGCGAAGCCGGGCGAGUCACCAUUCGGAGCGAAGCAAACAAGCGAGUCACCAUUUGCAGCUAAGCAGCCGAGCGAGUCACCCUUCGCGGCAACACAACCAAAGGCGUCGCCAUUCGGAACCGCCUCUACUGGUGAAAGUGCUUUCGCCAAGAGCUCUGCCUCGCCCUUUGGGGCCAAGCCUCAAGCCCCUACCUCGUUCCCGCCUCCUGCGUCCAGUGAAGUCAAGAAUCCCUUUGGCGCCCCGCAAGGUGGAUUUGAACUCAAGUCUACCUUCAAGGGCGAUGGCUCGGCUGUCAAUGAUGGGCCAAAACCAGACAAACCUUCUUCCGGAGCGUUCUCAUUUGGUGGCUCCUUUGACGAAAUGGUGUCAACGCCCCGCAAGGGAAGCGCGUCGCCGAGUGAAUCAAUGGAUGAUGAUACUGAAGAUAUCGAGCCUGUGAACAAGGAGACAUUCUCAAUUUUCGGCGGGGCAAGCAAACCUGCUUCACAGACCCCCACCUCAAUGUUCAGCUCAAAAACACAGACUACAAAGACAACCACUUCGGCCGAGAAGACCCAGUCGCCAUUCUCUACACUUGGCACCACUGCUGAUCAAAACCGAGUGACCAGCCCGUUGUCAGCGCUGUCUGAUAAGACCGAGACACCCAAGAAAGAUUGGCCUAACACAUCAAGUAUCGAUGUGGAGGCGCCAUUGCCACCAGAUCCUACCACCCGGGCUAGUUAUGCAGCUGGGGAUACUUCCGCUUCUGAUAACGUGUCGAAGUGCUCCGCUGAGGAUGCCCCCCUUCCUCCCGAUUUCACCAAGGCGAAGAAGUCUUUACAACCUGAAGAUGACGCCCCUCUGCCGCCUGAUUUCCUCUCCCCGAAAAAGUCUGCACCCUCGACGGACGACGCUCCUCUCCCUCCCGACUUCCUCACUCAGAAGAAGACUGCACCCAAGACGGACGAUGCUCCUCUCCCUCCCGACUUCCUCACUCAGAAGAAGACUGCACCCAAGACGGAUGACGCUCCCCUUCCUCCAGACUUCUUAACAAAGCCCAAAAAGUCCGAGACUGCGGUUGUCCCCGAAGAAGCACCUCUCCCGCCUGACUUUACCGCAAAGCCCAAGACCAAACCUUUCGAGGAGGCAGUUCCAAUCCCUGAUGAAUCGGAUGAAUCGGGUAUCUCUGAUGGAGACUCCGAGGCCGCAGACGAGUCGGACUUCAGUGAUAGCGGUGAAGAAAUCACACACGAUGAAGCAUUCAUUGCCAAAUCCAAGCCAUCAGCCCAGAGCUCGUUUGGUGCUGUUUCCGAGCAAAGUUCCACCGGAGGAUUCUUCAGCAGCCCUGCUCGAGAUGCGGAUGACAAAGGCCGCCGUCCCCGGCAGCUAUUUGGGGAGAUCUCCAAGCAGCCACUGCUUCCUCCCCCGGGCCCUAUUGCCCAAGGUAAUCGUGAGCCCUACCGGUCACCAAGUCCGAUUCGGAUCGGAGGGAAAAAGAACGUGUUAUUCUCUGAGAAAUCACGUACUCGCAAGGGGUCCACAGGCGCGUUGCACUCGCGUAAGGCAUCUCUUACACAAAUUGGCCAGCGUGAUGGCCACCUGAGAAAGGCUAGCGAUGUUGCUCGCGAGGAGCAAGAGAAGCAAGCACGCGCACAUGCAGCGGCUCAACUCCAGGAAGACGAUGUGCUAUCUUUGUCAGAUGAUGACGAGGAUGAUAGACUUCGUGAUGAGCUGGCUCAGCCCGUUGAGCCCGUUGAUACCCUGGAUCCAUUCUUACCCCACCAAAACUACAUGGGCGAGACUGCGAAGCCAGGUAUUGCCGGCCAGGUCGAACGACUUUAUCGUGAUAUCAACUCUAUGGUAGAUACAUUGGGCAUAAAUGCUAGGUCAAUGGCCGGAUUCCUUCUGCACCAGCAACCCAAGCAACCCUCUGAUCUUGAUGGGUGGGUGAUGAUCAUUAACAGCGACCAGCCCGCUGACAUUCUCGACACGAAGAUGGCCUUGAAGGACAUUGAGAUAUUUGAAGAGCUGAUUGCUUCAAUUGCGCAAUCAUUGGACGACCAACGGGUGCAGGGAGUGGAUGAAAAGCUCGAUGCGUGCCGUGACCUACUCACAAAGCAGGUUGUCACCCUGCGAGGCCAGUUCGCAAGCAUCCGCAAGACUCUUGAUGCACACACCGACAUCGGCGCUAUCCUCGAAGCGCCACUUUCUGCCGAGCAAGGUGCGCUCCAGCAUGAUCUGCGCACCACAUUCACAAAUAUCCAGGUCAAGAUGACCGCCCUUGAACAGGCAGUCUCCCUUCUACGUGCCAAAAUCGCCGACAUCCCGCAGGUAAAUGGCACAAGCAGGAACCGACCAACCGUCGAGGCUGUUACUAAGACCAUCGCAACAAUGAUGAGCAUGGCCGAGGGAAAGAGCACAGACAUCGAUGUUCUCGAGGCACAGAUGCGCAGGCUCGGCGUGGACGUUGCUCCCACAGGACCCCCAAGCCGCGAGGCCUCUCCCUUCUCUACUCCUCGCAAGAACGUUGCUGGCCCGCCUACCACACCCCCUGAGUCCGCUUCACGCGGUCUCAAUUUCCGAGCCAGCAUCAAUGGCUCGGUGAGACAGAGCCGUCUCCGUAGCGUGGAGGGUGCUAGCGAGUCUGCCCUCCCGCAUGAAGACGCCGUCCAAUACAAGGCCAAGAAGUCGCGUCGUCAGCACUUGAAUGCCAACUUGAAGAAGGCCUUCGAGGACAAGCAGGCCAAGGUACGCGACGUCGAUGACUGGUAG